UUUAAACAUGAACUCUAAUAAUGCGAACAUACAUGUCUCACAAAAAUUAAAGAUGGAAAAAAAUAAUAUUCUGGCUGCUUAUCAUAUGCUGAGAUUUUCAAAGCAAGAUAAAGAUUUUGACAUAACAGAUAUUGAACGCAGAUCACUUGCUAUGAAAAAUAUGACAGCAAAGUUAUUUGAUUCAGAGGAUACUAUGGCAGUACUUUUACGAAAAAACCUUGAAGAUUAUCAUACUUUAAUGACAGAUAGAAUAAAUAAUUAUUGGGAGCAGAUUAAAUCUCAAUUACAGGAUGUAAAAAAUGAUCCAUUGAAAUGGAAAUCGGAAUUAAAGGAUGAAGAUGCUACACUGAAUCUUAUAAAACCUUUGAUUUGUCAGAAAAUUAAUACUUCAUCUUGCAAAGGAAGAUCUUAUAAUGAUAGAGACAUAGAAAAAAUAGUAAAUAAUUCAAAGAAAAAUAAAGACAUGCCAAAAGAAAAAAUUUCUUUGCAAUCACAAGCAUCUUCUAAUCAAAAUUCAAAUAAAGAACUUUUGUUGAAGUCUAAUAAUAGUGAACAAAAUAUAUCUACAUAUUUUACAAAUAUUCAUAGAAAUGAUAGUUCUAGUAAGCAUAUUCAACAGAAUGCAUCAAAAAUACAAUCCAACAAGCAGUCUUGUUAUCAGAAUUUGGAUAAAUUUGUACAAAAAAGACCUAUAUUAAGUAACAAUAAUACAAAUGAUACAAUUGAAGGAUCGUAUGGACGAACAAAUUCAUAUGCACCAAAAUUAAAACGAGCUGCUUCUCCACAAUCUAGGGAUGAAGAUACAAAAAUAGGAAAGAACACAUUCGAUUCUUUUAGAAGUGCCAGAGAUGAAUUAUAUAUCCAAGAAAUGAAGAGGAACAAAUCGGCGCCGAAAAAAACUUUAGGUGGUCGUUCGACAGCCAAUUCUCAAUUCGUCUGUCCAUUUAAACGAGAUAAGGAAAAAUCGAUGCAGAGCAAUACUUCAUUACAAAACAAAGCAAAUCCAGAAGAAGUGGAAGAUGAGAGGCUAAGGAAUAUCGAUCCAGACAUGAUCGAACUGAUUAGAAGCGAAAUCAUGGAAUCGGGCAAGACGAUAACAUGGGACGAUAUCGCCGGUCUGGAGUAUAUUAAGAAGAUCGUUAAAGAGGUGGUAGUAUUUCCUAUGUUAAGACCGGACAUCUUUACUGGUCUUCGUCGUCCGCCUAAAGGGAUUUUAUUCUUUGGUCCGCCUGGAACAGGAAAGACUCUCAUUGGUAAAUGUAUUGCUUCACAGAGCAAGUCCACGUUUUUCUCGAUUUCAGCGAGUUCCUUAACAUCUAAGUGGAUUGGCAAUGGCGAGAAAAUGGUUCGCGCGUUGUUUGCAGUAGCCAGGGUCCAUCAACCAUCCGUUGUCUUUAUCGACGAGAUUGACUCGCUGUUGACACAACGUUCGGAAACGGAACACGAAUCCUCCAGGAGGCUAAAAACGGAGUUUUUAGUACAGUUAGACGGUGCGACGACUUCGGAGGACGAUCGCAUUCUAAUUGUCGGCGCAACCAAUCGACCCCAAGAGUUGGACGAGGCAGCAAGACGGCGUCUCGUCAAAAGACUAUACGUCCCUCUGCCAGAAUUCGAAGCACGUAAACAGAUAAUUAAUAAUUUAUUAACAUCGGUGCGCCACAAUCUCGUUGAAGAAGAUAUUGUGAGAAUCGCACAAAAGUCGGCAGGAUACUCCGGAGCCGACAUGACAAAUCUAUGCAAGGAAGCAAGUAUGGAGCCGAUUCGAAGUAUUCCUUUCGAACAGCUGGCAGAUAUCAAAAUGGAAGAUGUGAGGCACAUAACGAAUUACGAUUUCGAGCAAGCGCUCAUUAACGUACGACCUAGCGUGGCUCAGUCAGAUCUUAACAUUUAUAUUGAAUGGGAUCGUACUUAUGGAUCUGGUAAUGCGCAAAACUCUGUAAAAAGUGAUACAAUGAACAAAUAAGUCAAUUAUAAUACUGAGAUUGUUGAAAAAAAAUUUUAUUUUUU